UCUCACCGUAGUCCCACACUAAUCAACUUUACACACUCUCUCUCUCUUUCAUAUUCUCGCUUUCCUCAAAAUCAAGUGAGCGCUUCGCUUCGGCAGCGGGAAGGAGAAAGGAUGAUGAAGAGAGUGUUUGGCGUCAACAAGGAGAAGGAGAAGCAGCCUCCUCUCACCUCCAUUGAAGAAGCUUCCAAUCGGAGUACUAAACGGGGCGAGUCGGUGGACGAGAAGAUCAGGAAGCUGGAUGCCGCGCUCACCAGAUACAAGGAGCAGAUCAAGAGGACUCGACCCGGCCCCGCCCGCGAAGCGAUCAAGGCUCGAGCAUUGCGGGCCCUCAAGCAAAAGCGAAUCUAUGAGGGUCAGCGGGAUGUGCUAAGCAGUCAAUCAUUCAAUCUAGAUCAAGUUGCAUCUGCUGCAGAGGAAAUCAAAGAUGCCCAACAAACUGUUUAAACUUUUCUGUCUCGUAGUCCUCCAAGGGGCAGGGUUCAAGACAGUUCAACAGAAGCUUUAUGUGCCCACUGAUCGGAACAUGCUGCCUUCCUCUUUAGAGGAAGGAGUGAGUUUUCUCAUGAUGUGAAAGGCGUGACGAAAAUUGGCCAAUGAAGAUGAUCGAAGAGCCUUGAAUUUCACAGCCAACAAGGAGAAAGAAGCUUCACCUUACUGCUAAACCAGGCUCUGAAGAAACAGCAUUCUUGAGGAAAGGACAACAACAAAGGCUCCCCCAUUAUCACAUUCACUGCAGAGGUCGUCAAAAAUCAUCCCGGUGUCGCCUCGUGGAAAUCGAGCUUCAACACCCAGCUGGAAGGUUUUCUUCAGGUGGUCUAAUUUCUACUUAAUUAAUGGCCGUGGAGAUAUUUGAUAGGGCUUCGGUGAUGGGGCAUUUAUAGAAUGGUGAACUUGAUUAGCUUGCCCUUCAUUAUAUACUGAGUGCAGAACAAGUUGAAGACACUCAUAACUAUGAACACCCUAGCUAGUAUUAAUGCAAGUCUAAGCGCAUGUGGUUGUGGGUCGGGUUAUGGCGUGUAUAGUAUUAGGAAGGAAGUGGGCAUAGGCCAUGUAGCGCAUACACGCAUCUUCUGUGUCAGCUUAGUUAAGCAAACAACUAACAUUGUAUAGUUAAGCGAACAACGAACAUUGUAAACUCACAAUUUUGAAAUCCCAAACAUCUCUUUGAUUGUUUAGCUGUGACGA